UCUGUGUUGCAUGUUACUCUUGGGGGUCCUCGUUUUCUUUUGGGAGAAGAAGGUGUCUGUGUUGGACCCGGAGCGCAUCCCGGUCUGUUGCGUGAUGCCAUUCCCAGCCAGCCAGCCCCGCGCCCUCGGUGGAGAUGACGGCAGUGUUUGAAGGCGAUGUUUUUCCCUGGGACUGCGUGGCUGGCGAGAUGGUAACGCCGAGGCGGGGAGCAGCUUCACAGCUCGCUGCCCUCACCGCAGCCACCGCCUGAGCAGCGCUGUGCCAAGCCGUGCCACAGCCAGGCGUUCUCCCCGUGCCCGUGCUUCGCUGCCCGGCGUGGGGAGCGCCGCUCCCGCUCCCGGGGGCUCCUCGGGGACCCACCGCCUGCCGGCUUCCCUGCGCCAUCCUCCGGGGCGGCCUGUCCCCCCGUGCACGUGCCUGGGAAAGUGCCAAGAUCACAGUCAAAAGGGUCACCAAUGAAGAUUUGUUCAUGCAGCUAAGCAAACUGUUCAUGGAGAAAGCUCUAAACGAAACAGACUGUACAAAACACAAAGGUCCAGAAGCAGGCUUUGCCUGUGAAGAUAAAGGGAAAAAAGGGAACGAAUACCAUGUAACCAGACAGCCAUAAACCUUCUGCUGCAGACCACUGAUAGGAGUCUACAGACCACCAGUUUGGGAAACCUCUGCUUUACACUUCUAAAUGAUUCGACAUUUGUUCCCUCUGAUGACACCACGAAUCUGGGAAUGAAGAACUUCUUAGAGCUGAUUGGAAAUGGCAUUACGGAGCUGAAACUUAACUGGAGGAAAUAUAUCUCCUGAAGAAGAAAAUAUAAUGCACUAUAAGGAUCUGACUUCUGGUGAAAAAUUCAAGCCUAGAGAAAACUUGUCCGCUUUGUUAGGAAGAAUGGGUUGGACAAUUUUCUUCAGUUCCAAAGGAUAUCUGAAUGCCAUGCUGAGCUUAAUCUCUGCAGCAUGCUCUGUGCUUCUCAUCUCUUCCUGAUGCACUGCAUGGUUAUCCUGAAGGGGACGAUAAAGAAACUGGCCACCAAGAUGGUAAUCACUAGUGGAAAUGAAGAAGAUAAAGGCAGUCAAGAAAAGGAAAGCAAAGAAGAAACCAUCUUGGCAAUGCUUGGAAUUAUUGGGACAAUUCUGAACCUCAUUGUGAUCAUUUUUGUGUAUAUUUACACAACGUUGUAAACUAGAAGGCAUGCAAAUAGACCAGAUAAAAUGGCCAUUAAGAAUGACAACAAACAUUGCUGACUAUUGACAAGUUCUUUAAUCAGAAUUGACUCUGUAUUAUAUUAACACAUCAUAAAAGCACUGCCUGCAGGCAGCGAAGACUGAAGCACAAUUAAUUUAACAAGACUUUUUCACACAGUAAUAAGCUUAACUCUUCUAUCCUGCCCUCUCCCUUUCGGUUUGGUUUUCAGUUUGGGGGAGAAUGACUGCAGUUAUGUAAGCUGUAGCUUUGAAGAAAUCCACCAGGGAUAUGUUGUUUUAACACAAUUUAAAAAAAAAGAAAAAAAAAAAAAAGAAAAAAUAGAAAGAAAAAAAAGAAAAUAAAGAAACUGUACACUAUAUAUAAUUAGAAAUGUUUGCUGUAUACCCGCAAAGACUGAACUCAGAGAUAGCUUCAUAGCACAGAUCACGUGUCUGUUAGGUCAAAUGGUUUUUUUCUCUUGGUUUUUGCUUUUACUUACAUUGAAUCUGACAAGCCUUUUAUUUAGAAUGAACAUAUGGUGCAAUCAUGAAAAAAACAAUUCCAUUGAGCAAGGUCUGCCUAAACCUGAUAAAAUGUUGGGAGAAAUACAUUACAUGGUUAUUUUUCCUUUCUCUUUUGCUUAACAUCUGUGUCUGUUCAUACCAAUGUUUAUAAAUAUAUAUUUUUAAUAAAUGUGCUAUAUUUUUAGCAUGAACCGAACAUUUGGAGACACUUGUAUUCAUGCAGCUAAAUUUUGUUUGAGGAAGUGCCCCUUUUGACAAUGGAUGUUGUUUUUCUCAGCAAUUAUACAGCAGUCUUGUUUGCAGCCCUCUCACUUGGUCUGAAGCAAGCUCACAUCAUGCUCAUAUGCAUGACUUGAAGUUGGAAUGUCAGCUGAAAAGCAUUGCUGCUUAAUACGGGAAAUAGCAAAACAUUGUAAGGUGACCUUUGGAGACUGGUUGCAGAAAGAAGGCUCUACUUAAAAAAAGAAAAAGCAAAUGAAAGGAAUAUUGAGGAGUCUCAGAAAAUAUUACGAAAUUCAUAGAAUUUAUGGCUUUCAAAAUCUGGUCACGUUCUCUAAGUACUUAUGCUGAGAGAAGCCAGUAGAGGUUUCUACAGUUGAAAAGAGAAAUUUAGAGAGCCUAUAGUAAGGGGUUUAAGGGAAAUCCAGACUGUAAAUACAGAGUUGUAUUUUAAAUGUGAGGAUCAUUAACUCUUUUUGCUUUUCUGACAUGUGCUUUAACUGAGGUUGGUGCAGUGAAAUUCUCUGACUUGUGUUUUUGACAGGAAUGUGCAAUGAUGAUGCUCAACAUUUUUCUUCAGAGUUCAGUACUUAUAAAUAUACAAAGCAUUAAAAUUAUGAGACCUCAAUUCUGCCUCAAGCUGCCUAAGUACAUUGCCCAUUAACUCUGACAUAUCUUCUUAAAAAAUAGGUCAAUUAAUUGUUUACUGACUUGUGGUUUGGAUUGCAUCCUCAGAUGCACAAGGAGGAUUACUGUUGAAGUCAGCUGGAGCUGCAAAAUGUUUGAUCCUAAAGUAUCAUUGAUUUUAGUGAUCAAUCAUGUCCCUCAGGAAUCAGUAAUAAGAUUUCCACCAGUUUCAAGGGGCUAGGAAUGGUCUCAAAAAUACAGAAUUUCAUUGCAGGAUAUAAAAGCAAGCUUGGAAAACCCUGAGGGGCACCUCUUAUAAACAGAGGUGUUCAGUCUGUUGUGGUAUCAUACAUUCAAUAACAAAGCCAUUAGGAGAAGGGAAAAGGUCGGUAAAUCCAGUAUGAAGACUGAAGGGAAAAAAGAGCAAAAAUAAUCUCAUGUUAAUGAAAGCAUGACAUGAUGAAAGAGGUGAAAAAAUGAGCAGAGAUUGAAAACAGGGAAUGGUGCAGAAAGACAGUGGCAUGCAUACCAGUGUGGCUGAGGAAACAUUUGUGUUUCUACGGUGCUGGUAGAGCUGCAGAUCUCGGAGAGGGCAAGAAACAGUAGUGGCACCAUUUAGUGUAGCUGAGUGAGGGUGAUCUUGGUUUUGAACUUAUAGUUAUUUAUUGAUAAUUCUAAGGAAAUAGCUCACUGAUCAUCCUGAUAGCUAAAAUAUAUUUUCCUCCACUUGGCAUUUUUUCUUCUGUUUAAACCACUGCUGUGCACAGCCUGUGGCAAUGGUGUUGGCGCUCAUGUCCCAGAGCACACCUGCACAUGCUCCAGGCACCUGUCUAUCUCCAGCCUGCCUCUUGCCUGGCAGGAUCCUCUCUGCAGAUAUUCCUCUUGAACCUCUCCUCCUCCUCCAGCAAACACUGCAGCAAUCUGCCUGAGGCUCGUACUCAUCUUCUAGAGGGGAAGCCUGGAAAGGGCAGUGUCUGAGUCAAGAGAUGAGCUCUCAUGCCAGAUAUUUCUUUGCCUCCCUCUGCAUCAAAUGAUGACCUGUCAUCCUCUUGUGGGAUUGAAGAUGCUUAAUGAAUCAAAUUUCAUUAAGAGCUUCUAUUAAUAUUACAAAUUAAAACUCUGCAUUGUAAAACAAUACAGAACACCUCACCCACCAAAGUAAAGUAGGAAGUUUUGCUGCUCAUCACAGUUGCACUCAUUCAGACAUGGGCUAGAACCUUCACCAAGACUCGCACUGCAAAGAGCCCAAAUAAACUGAACUGGAGGAUAAAAAGCCUAAGGACUUCAUGUUUACUCUGUUUUAUUUUGCAUACUAGUCUUGAUGCAGGCAUCAUGUUCACACUUCACCAGCAGCAGUCACAUGUUGUGUACUUUGCCAUAUGACUUUUAUUCCUCUGAAAGAGGAAGGAAGGUUUAUCCCAUUCUAUAAAAAGUUUAACACUUAAUAUUUUAAUUUUACAGGUUUCUGUUCACAGAUAGUUCUAGAAAUAUCCUGGGGCAAGUUCUUAAGUAGAUUCAUUAAGUAUUUAGUUAAAUAAAAAUGAAGAGUUUCCUUCGAGGGCAAUUUCUUUACCUUUUAUUUGGUAUUCAUGAACACUGAUAUGGGAAAAGUAUAUUUUCGAGAAUGACUGUGGAAGAGGAAUAUUUUAUACAAAGAUCUGAAGGUGUGCCUACCCAGGCAGCUGUGGGCAGGCCUCUUCUUGGCUGAGUGCCAGCUGAAGCCAAAUUACCCUCAUGCUUUUUUUAUGUGAGCAGUUUUCAGCAUACACCUAUAAGAAAUAUUCAACAAGGUAACAUAUAUAUCAUGGAUACAUUAUAGUCGGUAACUGCUCUAUAAACAGAUGAAUAAAACUUGUCAUUACAGGUGCUGAAUGGUAAAUCUGCUUUGGCAAGGAAAAAUCCGGUAGUUUCAUUUUUGGCUUGAUUUGUAGGUAAUGCAAAUAGUUUCAAAAAAAAAAAUUUUUAAUAUAAAAUAUUAGUCCAUUAGUGGUGACAGGAACAUCCAUGUUUGCAUUUGAGUAGAAGGAAAUUAAUAUCCAAUAUCUUAAUAAGAUAUUAAAGCAUCACCUUUUGCUUCAGUUAACUAAGAAUAUGAUUGUAUUUUUAAAUUAUCCUAUUUAGUUUUUGAUGGUUUGUAUUAUGGGAAUGAAAAAUAUUUUCCCGAGGUGACAGGAAGGUGACAUUCUCCUUGCUAGUGUCUGGUGUGUUGGCUGAUAGGUACAGAAGACUUUUAAGAAGGAAGAAGAUAAAAAUAUUUAAAUCAUGUUAUGCAUGCAAGGAAGUGAGGAGAAAGCAGACAUACAGGCUUCUGCCAUCUUCUCUGAUUCCUACAACUGCUACUGAAAACAACAUCUCAGGAACCACAUCUUCAUGCAGGAAUGUACCAUCCUGUGUGCUGGCUGUCAGGGCAGUCCUUUCAGUCAUUUACCUUCUGCUCCUUCCACCUGCACCUCUGUAGCAGUGCACAGCUCAUUGUGCCUUAGGAGAGUUUUAACAUGUACCCAGCCUGGCAGCCUCUGGAAGCAGCAGUUUGGGUUUAUUGUGGUGUAAAGGUCUACUGUGGGGCUGAGUUUUAUUAUUUUAAGGACAGCCAGUAAUCACCAUCUUGUUACUGUCUGAUAAUCUAGGAGAUACUUUGCUUGUUGAAUUCCCAGACCCAUCCCUCCCCUGUCCCACAGGUAAAAUUUUGAUUCAAUAGGCAUCCAAAUACAAAAGAAAGCUUCAGUUACAUGAUGACGAAACUUUAGUAUGAAGCUUUUUUUAAAUCUAUGUUUCCUGUAUUUCCAUAUAUUAUAUUAAUCUGUAUCCUGGAGCUCACUCCAAACGCCCCGAGGUCUCAUCUGUGUCAGAAGGUCUCAUUGCUUCUGAGUCAGAGUUAACAUUUCAGUGUGAAUUAUGGCAUACACAGAGCCCAGAGUGGGCAACAGGGACAAAAAUUAACUGAAUUAAAACUCCAGGGAGGUAACACUGCAGAAAUUACUAAUUAGUUUGAGGCUUGGCUGGAGUACUUUGUUUCUAUAUAGCCAAGAUUUUGGAGAAAAAAUGUUAUUGUUCCUUAGAAGUUUUCUGGAAUAUGUCUCAUUCAAAGAAAGAACCUCAUUGAAAAUGUUUUAGCAGCAAUUUCCAGCAGCAAUCUUCCAAGAAAAACACUGACCAGGCCUCUGAGUGUCUGGCUUCCUUCCCAAGAGUAGUGUUUGGCAACUCUGCAACACUGCACAUAUAUGUAAGCACCUCUUGUUUACAGAGAGGCUUUGUCUUGUUUGGAACAGAAUGCACGGGUUUACAAAGACUUACGAAUUUAUGGAAUAGUACUUUACACAAUCAACAACAACAAAAGGUGCUGUUCACUUUCAUUUCCAGCAGAUAUGCCAGAUAUGCUGCAGACACCCUGCAGAACCUGUACUGAUUCCAUGCCUGGCUGUGCGUUUUGGAGGCUCCUCCCAAAGGGUCUUAUAGACUCAGCGAAGGUUUUCUUCCCCACCAUUGAUCCAAGAGAAACAAAACCUGUUCAGCGUGGAAACCUCCCCGCCAGGCUGAAAUCCCACAUGCAUUUAUAUGCCUUUAUCUACAUAUGAACCAUCUGGUAUCCAGUAAGACUUUCCUUGCCUUAAGCAUUAGGUUUGAUUACUUGCAUUUCACCUGGGGACUCAGAUGCUGAAGGCAAUUUGUAGGGCUGAAAACCCUGUUUCAAAUGAAACAACUUUACAUAAUGUAGCCAUUUCCUGGGGAGGUGCCUGUUCCUCCUGAAACACGCCUGUGCAGUGCCCUGGGCAUGGCACACAGCACACCACCCUCCGUGUGUGGUCUCACACUGACAGGGCAUCAUGACAGUGAGAGAGUCGCUCUGUGCUGCACCUGGCCCAUACAGCAGGAUUUUGUACAAAAGCCUGGAUUCUAAGUCAGGCUCUGUAGAGUGAAAGGAAAAGGACAUCCUGCCUUGUUCAUAGGAGGUGCUUAGCUAUGCUCACCAGGAUCCUUUCUUCUGCAACCAGUCCAAAUUCAGGUGAAGGUGAUCCUUGCACCACUCUGACCCGCUUGUGGCAGUUGCAGAGCUUCCUUCCACCUGAGUGAACAGCUUUGGGCUUCCCUAGUCUCCUAGAAUAAGGGACAAAGUCCUUCUUACGCAGCAGAAAUAGCAGCAGGAGCAUCCAUUUCCUGAUGACAAUGACAACAUCACCUGCCUGGAGCACUGGAGCACUGGUGGGAACCUUUUUUCUUCCCAUCAUCCCUCAUAGUCUGGGAAAUGCAAGUUAGUUACCUGGACUCCAGGCUCAGUCACUGUUCAGGAAGACUUGUUUUGUGAUGCUGAGACUUUGCUAUGCUCAAAUGGCUCCUAGAGCCAGGUUUUCAGGAACAUAUUAAAGGUCCUGAUAUCGUAAUCAUUAAGACCUCACCAUAACAAGUCUCAGGCAUUGUUAGUCUCUGGCAGCAAGGCAUUAAGGGACCAGCAUUAGCAAGACACACCAUAUGGAAGCCACGGGUACCAGAGAUAGUGCAGAUGAGGCUGGCUGCUUUCCACAAUACUUACCUUCUUGAGGACCAACAGUAUAAUGGUGGAUUGACAUUGGUGGUGGGUAAAUGUAAUAAAAUGUUUGUGUAGCAGGGCAUGAUUUCUCACCUUUACUUCCUGCAAACUUAAUGGGAAAGGCUUUAUAAAUAAUUCUGGCUUUGUCAAUUUAAAAUAUCGAUUAAAAUUUACUAUAUAUGUUUUCAAA